UGUGAGCCCAUUUUUAUCGUUUCAUUCAUUGAACAUUGUCAUUUUAUGACUGGGUGUACGCUCCGUACCGAGCCUCUCUUGAGCCUUGGCCUGGCUAAGGUGGGCGCUGGCUUUUCAAUUCUUCGUCCCACAACCUCACGAAUCGUCCGUCACUUUCUUUCUUUCAACACCAGAGCCUGCCGGACAGCGAAGGACUGUCUACUCUCACACUCUAAUAUUUCUUUCCUUUCGGCUUUUGGCCAUCAGCACCUUUGACAGGGCAACUCUUCAUUUCUCCAAUUCUCUCUCUUUUCGUUUCUCCCCCUUUCUCAUCCAUUUCGUCAUUUCCCCGACCACGAACCAACCACCGGGACAAACCAUAAUCGAUUUUCCCAUGGGGAUAUAGUGCCAAAAGAUAUUCCCACCCGAUUGAUUCGGUCACAUAAUGCGCUUCACCACUCUAUCAUGGCUUCUUCCCGUUGUACAGACAGUGGGAGCAAUCGCUGUUAAUUCCAAUUCAACAGGUACUUCUCAUCGUCCCAACUCCUGGUAACAACAGCCUUGGAUUUGUAGUAGCUAACCGAAACUCAACAAUAAAGCGUCAAUAAGGGCGGCAGCAAGUACUAUCGCUUUCGAUUUAAUGUCAUACUACAAAGGAAAUCUAUCCGUAAGUCUAUGCAGGAUGUGGUUUCUUACUGGAGGUCAAGUGAUAGGUUCUAACAAGACUAAAGGGAGGAACGCCGGGUAUUUUGCCAGACCCAUUGUUCUGGUGGGAAGGAGGAGGUUUGUUCAUGACUAUGAUUGAUUACUGGAAAUUCACUGGCGACAGCUCGUACAACGCAGUCACUUCACAAGCAUUACAAUUUCAAGUCGGCGACAACAAGGAUUAUAUGCCUCUCAACCAGACCAAGAACGAGGGUAACGAUGAUCAAGGAUUUUGGGCGAUGGCUGCCAUGUUGGCCGCCGAAACAAACUUUCCAAACCCUCCUCCAGAAAGUCCACAGUGGUUGGCUUUAGCCCAAGCAGUUUUCAACCAAUACGUAGUUCGAUGGGAAACCCAGCAUUGCGGAGGUGGAUUAAGAUGGCAGAUUUUCCCAUUCAACAAAGGAUUCAACUAUAAGAACAGUAUCUCUAAUGGCGUAUUUUUCAACCUUGGUGCGAGAUUGGCUCGGUACACUGGAAAUAAUACCUACGCGGAAUGGGCAGAGAAAGUUUGGGAUUGGCAAGAAUCAGUAAAGUUCAUUGAUGGUGACGGAAACGUUUUUGACGGUGCGAAUCUUGACGACAACUGCGUUAAAAUCGUGCCAUUACAAUGGUCGUAUAAUGCUGGAAUUUUCAUGCACGGUGCGGCAAACAUGUUCAACUAUGUAGGUCCCAUCUCUCAAUACCAACGUAAGUGCCUCUAACAUAUGCCCAGAGCAAAGGAUCCACAGUAUGGCGCGACCGUACCCAAAGCAUUCUUAACAACACCGUCAAUGUCUUUUUCAACAACACUGUUAUGGAGGAACAAGCUUGCGAGCAUGUAAACACGUGCAAUACUGAUCAAGUGUCAUUCAAAGCCUAUUUCUCAUCAUGGCUCGCAGCUACCACGAUCCUCGCGCCUUUCACAUACGAUACCAUUGCUCCUCUUCUCGCAUCUUCUGCAAAAGCUGCGGCUAAUCAAUGUACCGGAGGAAGCACCAAAACGCAAUGUGGAUUCAAAUGGGGCGCGGAGGUUACAGAUGGAAAUUUUGGAAUCGGUCCUAGCAUGAGUGCUCUAUCCAUUGUCCAGGCGUCCGUAAUUUCGGUUCCCUUUUUCCGCAAGAAGGUCGACCCAGUAAGCGGUAAACCGGCACCACCAACCAAUCCUUCAAACCCAUCGAAUCCGUCCAACCCCCAAAACCCGGCUUCUCCAGCAUCUCCUGGAUCUCCGGAUCCGGUAAUUCCUGGAUCUCCAGCAUCUUCUACUGAUCCAGACUUAGGCGAGGACGAUGGGCCCCCUCCUUCAUUCGCACCUGUCACAAACUCGACCGGCGGCACCAGUCAGGGAGACCCAUCGGCGGGUGCCAUUGGAGCUGCCAGAGGUGGUGGACCGGAGGCAAUUCAACAGAUUGUUACUACAAAGAAGGAUACUAUCGCGGCUAGCUUCUUGACCUUGGGCGUCUUGGCUAGUCUGAUUGGAGGGAGCGUGAUUAUGGUAAUUGAAUGAGCGAGCAUCCUCCUUUCUAGGAUGUGCGAACUUCUUCGAGGCUUUGUAUAUAUUGGAAGAAUUGCAUCUUGGGUGGCGUUUUUUAUCUUGCUGCCUGGUCAGAAAUGGAUUACUAAUUGUUCCGUGUUAAUGACGGCAUGGGAAACCGGGUCGGUGGAUCCAUGCCUUUUUCUCUUGCUUUGAGAUACCCUCAAGUCCUUGGGUUGGUCUUUAUUUUUUGGGCAUGGUGAAAAAUUGGAGGGUGUCCAAAAAAAACUACUUGAAAGGGGGCUUGUACAAAUUUAGGGUAGAAAUGUAUAUAUGAGAACAAGACUAUAUUCAAUGAAAAGAA